AUGGCCGAGGAGGCCACAUCUGUAGCCACCCUUCCCAGAGGCCAGGCCAGAGCCACGCUGCACCUGCAGCCACAACCUGCUACAAAAGGAGUCCACGCUGCCUUGCUGGGCCAGAAGGAGGCGGCGGAGCACCAGCCCGGCCAGGAGGGUCCGGACCUCCACGUGGUCACAGGCAGCUUUAGUCAACCCCAAAUUCUGAAGCACCUCACCCACAGCCACCCUGCUCACAGCACUCACAGCUACCCUGCCCACAACACCCACAGCCACCCUGCUCACAGCACUCACAGCUACCCUGCCCACAGCACCCACAGCCACCCUGCCCACAGCACCCACAGCCACCCUGCCCACAGCACCCACAACCACCCUACUCACAGCUCCACUGCCCUUGCACACUGCACUCUCCCACCCCGCAAGCCCCCAGGAGCCGGGGUCACCCAGGCCUCGGGUGAGUGUCCACACGGGGCAUCCCGAGUGGACACCGGGCCAGCAUCACCCUUGCCAGUGAAGCAGCCUCCUCCGGAUUUGAAGAGUGUCAAGGGCACGCCUCGGGGUCCAGCGAGGGACCAGCUGGCUGAGGGGCAGGGACUCCGCUCCCCUGCCGCGGCACCUGUGAGCUCCCGCUGUGGGGCUGACCGUGGUCGCACUCACGCCAACACUGGCAAGGAAGUAUGA